AUGAAAUUGUUUGUAUUCGCUGUUCUGGUUGCUGCGGCUUCUGCUGGCCGCCUGGAGCAUCUUGAACGCUCCUACCUUCCUCCUGACAGCCAUGCUCAUAGCAGAAAUGGAUUUGACUCAGGAAAUGGUCGUUUUGGUGUUAACGGACAAAGCCCCAAUAUAUUUGGAUCUAAUGGACAAGAUUCAGUUGUUAUUGAUUCAAAUGACGGUGCAUCCUUCCGAUCAAACGGAUUUGGUGCUAAUCAAGGUUUGGGCUCAAAUGGAUUGAACAGAAAUGUAGCAUUUGGAGGUGCUACCUCUAACCAAUAUUUACCACCUAAUCAUGGCCCAUCCGCAUCUUCAAACUAUGGUGGACAUCAGUUUGGUUCCCACGGUGGGUCAUCUCUGGGUUCCAACGGUUUUGGAUCUCUUUCUUCAUCGCGAGCAUUCGGUUCUCAGCCUCAGUUUGGUGCUGCCAGCCGUCAAUACUUAGCUCCCAAGCACUCAUCAUCUCAACAAACUCAACAACAGCCUUUUGAUUUUGUAUUCGCUGCUCUGGUUGUUGCUGCGUCUGCUGGCCGUCUCGAACAUUUGGAGCGUUCUUAUCUUCCGCCUGAUAGCAAUGGCCACGGUGAAAAUAGUUUUGGACCAGGGAACAAUCGGUUCGCCAUAAACAACCAUAGCUCCAAUGGACUCUCAAGAAACAGUGCUUCUAAUGGAUUUAGGUCCAAUGGAAUCAACUCAUUUGAUCGCAGUACAUCUCAUGCAUCAAAUCGUUUUGGCGCCGCCCCAGUCUCUGGCUUAAACGGCAUGAGUAGAAAUGCAUUUGAAAGUGCUACCUUCAACCAGUACCUCCCACCAGACCAUGGACCCUCUCAUUCUUCUGAUAACGGUAUUUCCCAGUUUACAUCUCGUAGUUUACCUUCUCUGGGAUCUGCGAGUUUUGGAUCUCCUUCUAGGUCCAUACCUCAACCUCAAUUUGGUGCAGCCAGUCGUCAAUACUUAGCUCCCAAGUAUACAUCCCAACAGAACCCUCAACAGCGAUUUGAUGAGAAAUCUGGAUACAUUUAUUAA